UCCGGUCUAUUCCCCGGCUGCUGAAGUUCGUAGCUGAACUUGCUAUGCCUGCAGGGGAGAAGCAGAGGGAAACAAACAGACACCUGUAAGGGUCAGGAACAGAGAUAUCAGUGAGUCGGAUGCUAUUAGUGGAAACAGGCGGAUGAUGUUUUCCUUUUCAAUGUCGGUCCAGCCGCAGGUGACUCUACCUCUCAGUCACCUCAUCAACAUCCUACAUCCCCUGAAGAGCUCAGUUGGAAGCAGCAGCAGUGCCACAUGCAAGUCCAGAAAGCCCAAGGAACCUGCUCCAGAUUCAGAUCCACAAUGCACAGAGUAUGCGCUUUCAAUGUGGAACCUCCGGGACCUCGGCUUUUCCGACCUUGGAAAGCCGCAGCUGGAUGAGCUGGUGAACCAGAUGUUUCCACAUUUGAACACACAGGAAGUGUCGUCCCCAGCCCGGGGACAGGCAGCAUGGAGGACAUCGCAUCUCUCCUCUUCCUCCUUUUUCUACAAUAAGCACGGCUUUUCAUUGGGCCCCACGCCUUUGAUGACUCCUGCUUUCUCAAACAGGCACCUGUCCCCCCUGCAGACAGUCUGCACAGAGCUUAAACACUGGCCAGUAAUGUUUCAGAGCCGAGGCUUUAAAACUUUAAGGAGCAAAACCAGGCGAGUGCAGUCGGCGUUUGAGCGGCCCGUGGACUCCGAGACUUUCACGCCAUCUUUUAUAAAGGGUUUCCUUACACGUGAUAAAGGGUUUGAUGUUGAAAGCCUUGACGGCUUGCUGAAGAACAAGAACGUACCAGAUGGACAGCAGGACGCCUUUAAGAGGGGCUUCGCUGAGGGUUUCCUCAAAGCUCAAGCUCUGACGCAGCGAACUCAAGACUCUCUGAGGAGAACUCGUCUAAUCCUCCUGAUCCUUCUUCUGGUUGGGCUCUAUGGUCUCUCUAAGACUCCUUUCAUAUCAGUGCGCUUCCGAACAACAACAGGCCUGGACUCGGCGGUGGAUCCGGUGCAGAUGAAAAACGUGACGUUUGAGCACGUGAAGGGAGUUGAAGAAGCAAAAAACGAGCUCCAGGAUGUUGUGGAGUUUCUGAAGAACCCACAGAAGUUCACAGCCCUCGGAGGAAAGCUGCCAAAGGGUGUUCUGCUUGUCGGUCCUCCAGGCACUGGAAAGACUCUCUUGGCCAGAGCUGUGGCCGGAGAGGCCGAUGUGCCGUUUUAUUACGCCUCUGGGUCAGAGUUUGAUGAGAUGUUUGUUGGUGUCGGAGCGAGUCGCAUCAGGAACCUCUUCAGAGAGGCCAAAGCCAAUGCUCCCUGUGUGAUCUUCAUUGAUGAACUAGACAGUGUGGGGGGUAAAAGGAUUGAGUCCCCUAUGCACCCUUACUCCAGACAGACUAUCAACCAGCUGCUUGCUGAGAUGGAUGGGUUUAAAUCGAAUGAAGGGGUGAUCAUCAUCGGAGCCACUAACUUCCCAGAAGCUCUGGAUAAUGCGCUGAUCCGCCCGGGACGUUUUGACAUGCAGGUGACUGUACCCAAACCAGAUGUUAAGGGGCGGACGGAGAUUCUCAACUGGUACCUGAAGAAGAUUAAAGUAGAUCCAGCCAUUGAGGCCAAUCUUAUUGCCAGAGGAACCGUUGGAUUUUCCGGCGCCGACCUGGAAAAUCUGGUCAACCAGGCCGCCCUGAAGGCAGCAGUUGAUGGCAAAGACAUGGUCACUAUGAAGGAGCUGGAGUUUGCCAAAGACAAAAUACUCAUGGGCCCCGAGAGAAGGAGUGCAGAAAUUGACAACAAGAACAAGCAAAUCACGGCAUAUCAUGAAUCCGGUCACGCCAUCGUGGCGUAUUACACCAAGGACGCCAUGCCGAUCAACAAAGCUACCAUCAUGCCCAGAGGCCCAAGUCUGGGACACGUUUCCAUGCUUCCAGAGAACGACAGGUGGAGUGAGACCCGUUCUCAGCUUCUGGCACAGAUGGAUGUCAGUAUGGGCGGCCGUGUGGCAGAGGAGAUUAUAUUUGGCCAUGAGAACAUCACAACGGGAGCAUCAAGUGACUUUGAUAGCGCUACCAGGAUUGCUAAGAUGAUGGUGACCAGAUAUGGGAUGUGUGAGAAGUUAGGUGUGAUGACCUACUCUGACCUGACGGCGCAGAGUCCAGAGACACAAGCUGCUGUGGAGCAUGAAGUCCGGGUUCUUCUGAAGGAUUCCUAUGAGCGUGCCAAAGCCCUGUUAAAGUCUCACGCCAAGGAGCAUAAGAACCUGGCAGAUGCUCUGCUCAUGUAUGAGACGCUGGACGCCAAAGAGAUUCAGCUGGUUCUGGAGGGCAAAACCCUGGAGACCAGAUAAAACCUGCAGGGAGGAGCACGAACGGGAAGAGAGGGGCAGAUAGAUUUUAAAGAGAAUGGGAUCAGAUGCAUUUAGCAGGAGGGUCGUCUUUUAAAAAGUUCUUUACUUAAUGUCCUCAUGAUUUCAUAGAAUCUCCCAAACUAGAAGUGCUGAUAUGUUUUAAAGCAACAAACAGCAGGUUGAUGUUGCAUAGAGUCACAGAUGCAGACAUGCUUAUAUUCCGCUCCUUCUGGGAAUGAUGUGUGUUACACCUAAGAAUAAAUCUGUUUUGUUUGUUUUUGCCAUGGGAUAAUGGUUGAAAAUCAACUGAAAUGUGUGUACUUGCUGUGUAUACACUGAAAGUUAAAUUUAAU